AUGGCGCUUUGUGCUGCAGUUGCGGUCCUGCUAUACUUCGUUUUGGGAGUAUACGGCCAAAAUCCACCCUUGUCUUUCGCCUUAACGAACCACUGUGUUGGACCGGGUGCAGUAGCAUUUGCAUUAGAUGGAUCAGAAAGCAUCAAUGCUUCCAAUUUUGAACUAUUGAAACAGUUUGUAAAAGCCAAUAUUCAACAUUUCAAGAUUGGACCAAGCAACAUUCAAGUGGCCGCUUUUGUAUUCAGUCAAGCUAUCGGGGACGAUGGAUUCCCGUUCGACAGUCAGGACACAAACUACACACUCUUUGCCAAAGUGGAUGCCUUGAAGUUAAUACGUAUGGCUACAUUUACUGACGUAGCGAUCACCGAGAUGAUCCGCCUUCUUAUCCAACCAAACGUCCCCUACCCUAAGGUGGGCGUGAUCCUGACGGACGGGGCAUCGUACGACCCGGUGAAGACCCAGACAGCGGCCGCUGCGGCCCGUACCCUGGGGGUGACCCUCAUUUCUGUGGGUAUCGGAGUCUCCCCUGGAUCAGCCGCUGCGGCAGAACUUACCGCCAUUACAGGAAACCCCUCACAGGUUCUCCUGUUAAACGGAUACAGCCAGCUGACAAACUUAACUGGUGUAGCCAUACUUAGCGAUUUACUGUGUCGAGCAAUAACAACAUCCACGAGCACAACUACAACAACGACACCUGUCCCAACGACAACAACCAGUACCCCGAUCCCGACGACACAAAGACCAACAACACCAACUCCAACAUUACCACCUCUGACUACCCAGAAACUCCAGACUGAUAAAAUCACUAACCCUUUGUGUGAGGGCUGUAUUAUAGCUGACGGUGUAGGAUACAACAGGCACGGAUCUAACUGCCAACGCUUCGUCCAGUGCUACUUUGAGGAUGAUAAAGCGGUUGCCGUGGAGAAGAAGUGUGGAUUCGGACAGUUCUUCUCGCUGUCUCAUCUGACGUGUGUUCACGCUGAAUACUCGGACUGUCCAUAUGAUCCUUGUAUUGGUCAGCCUGAUGGCGCCAGCUGGAACAUGGCAGAGAACUGUCAGGGUUACUGGACCUGUAUAAACGGCCACUCUGUGCCUACUUGUUGUGGAAAUCAGACUCGGUACGUCACAGGUUCCGGCUGUGCGGCUGACGUCACAUGUACAGAGGCAUGUCCACCAAAGCCCACCACUGUUGCAUUUCUUUGUGAGUCCCAGGCUGAUCCCGACCCUAGUUACUACCUUCAGAAUGUCAGUGGUGCCCUCUUACGGCGCCGCUGUGCACCGGGGACCCACUACGAUGCUGGCUCCUGUGGCUGUUCUAUCCUGGUUACCAUCAGUCCAUCAGCAGUCUGCUCCCCUAUGCUUUACCACUCUCAGUCCGACCCUUACUUUUAUGAUGCUACAAACAUAAUUCCAGUCGGAAUGGUCAACGUCGCCAUAACUACAGGGUCGCGUGGUUUUGGCGGAAAUGGCGAAAUCAACAUUUGGCGCCUGGCAAACCAAGAUUUUCAAGACGUUCUUGUUGUCCGGUUUGAGCUGACAGUAGGGACGUCAGCCAUUCCAAGGACAGAGCAGGUGCUUGUGAAUUGUCUUCACUCCAAUGGCGCGAUGACGCCGGCAUCUGUGGAUAUUCAGGUGAUCAAGACCUCCACCGCGACUCAGUUAGUGUACACCCUCAGAGCCGGGGGCACGUCCAAAACGCUGACCUCCCCCGUCACGCCUGGGGUUGCUACAGAAGUGAUAUAUGCUUACGAUGGGUCAACAUUCGCCGUGUACUCGGGGCCUGGGACCGAAUCCUCCACGAAUCUCAGAGAAGUCUUCUGUGAUGGCCGGGUCAGUUUGGUCAUCGCGAUGGAUUCCUCCUCUAGUCUGACCUCCAUACAGUUCCUACAGAUUAAGAACUUCACAGCUAACGGUCUGGUGAAGCGGUUCAUGUACCCACACACCAUCGCCACGGUGGCAUUCGCCGAGAACGUGGAAAUUGUCACUGAUUUUGGGGAGCUAAACAGCGAUAAAAUUAUGAUGUACAAUUCUAACAGGAACUACCAGACCAGAAUUGACUAUGCUAUCGGAAACAUGACGGACAUGUUGUCUAGUAGUCCUUUUCUGGACCCAGAUGUUCCGAAGGUCGCUCUAAUUCUGACUGAUGGGAAGAGCACGAGCGGCAUCGAACUACUACACAGUGCCGCCAUGUAUGCCGAUAGAAAUAAUGUAUAUGUGAUGGCUGUCGGGGUGGGAGAGGAAAGGAACCUAUCCCCAGCUGAAUUGAAUAACAUGACUCAUGGAAUUCAAGAACAUCAAAAAAUCAUCCCAUACAAAGAACUCGCGAGUUCUCUCGACAAAGUGGUAGAGCAAAUCUGCUACCUUUCUCAAAAUGGAGCCAUGAGAACAGGAGAAAUCCGAGGACGUUAUCUUCUCACUAUUGUUUUUGACGUCACGAUUCAGAGCCUCGAUCUGACAAAGGAGUUCAUUUCCCGACUCCUUGAAUACAUUGAGUUCGGUAACCCUUCGAUGAAUCUGAUAAUUGCAACACUAGCUGAUGGAGCAGCGUCUAUCGGGCGUUUCGAUGAAACGGCCAGUUUAAUUGAAGUUAGGAAGUUCCUAGACCACAUGACUACUAGAGAUCACGAGUAUUUUGACGCGGUUUUGGCUUACAAGAAAGUAGAGAGCGACUUCCUGUAUGCUCCAGGAGACUCCUCCAAGAUGGCACUGUUUAUUACGGACAAGCCACUACAUAAGAGUGGCUUUGCUUAUACAAGGGUUUUCUUAAAUUCAAAAUCAAAAUCUAGUAACGUACAGAUCAUGUACCUUGGAAUAGGCUCCGCUGUAAAUCCGGAUUUUAGUCUUGCUCUAGCUAGUUCUAAAGUCGCAAACAGAAUCAUUGUGUCUAACCAGUCACUUCUGUCAAGUGGACUGAACAAUAUUGUGAGAGCAAUUGGUACAGAAUUGUUGAAAUAUCCAGUACCAAGGAAUGUCAAUCACCGUG